CCGCAACCGCCAAAACAACACAUCCCCACAGGCGCUCAGGCUGCGGCACUGCAUCCUGCACGCCGCACAGGGGUCCCGUCCAUCACACAUCGCGCGGCCCCCGUGGGGUAAUUCCCGAUUCAUUAUUCUAUUUUUUUCUUGGCUGCUUUUUUUUGGUGCCUUGCUAGCCUCGAUCGAUCGCCCCUUCGGCAGUCGUCCGUGAUACAGAUAGCGCGUAACUAGCCCUCUGUCUGGUGAUAGCUUCACUGUGCGCUGCUUGCUUCGCACUCAGCUGUGAGUUUUAGCUCACUGCGGCUGAGGGUGCUCCUGCUGUAUCACUCACCCUUAUCCGCUCCUGUUUCGCAAACACGGACCAUUCCGUCCCAUCGCCACACGAUGAGCGCUUCCACACCACCCAAAGAUAUUUCCCGCACUCACUUUGCACACUGCGACUCGUCCACGAUGACGUCCACGACUGAGCUCUCGUCGCUGGUCCUGGAGAAACCGAACCCGGUGUCGAAACGCAUGUUCCGGCUCUAUGGAAUCUUGCUGCUUGGAUACCUCUGCAUUAUCCUCCAGGGCUACGAUGGCUCCCUGAUGCCCGCUAUCAAUGCCAUGCCCCAAUACCAGAAAUACUUUGGCCUCUCAGCAGCAGGUGCCCAGACUGGGCUUGUCUUUGCCAUCUUCAACAUUGGCUCGCUGGCAGCCCUGCCCUUUGCUGGCCCUAUUAACGACUGGCUCGGUCGUCGCUUCGGCAUCCUUGCCGGCUGCGUCUUUGUCAUUCUCGGAACGUGCAUCCAAGCACCCGCUAUCAACACGGGCAUGUUCAUUGGUGGCCGCUUUCUGUGCGGUUUUGGCCAGGGCUUCAUCAAUGUAUCUGCGCCCAUGUUUGUCGCUGAAAUGGCGCAUCCCUACUGGCGCGGUCCUCUGUCAGGUCUGAUGCAAACAAACUAUUUCGUUGGUGCCAUUGUAGCUUCAUGGAUCACCUACGGCACACUCUUUAUCGAAAGCGAGCGCUCGUUUCGUCUACCCAUCUGGCUUCAAAUGAUAUCCUCGACAACGAUUGCGAUUGGCAUCAUGUUCAGCCCGGAGACGCCGCGGUGGUUGAUGGCCAACAAUAAGCCCGACGAAGCCCGUGCUGUUCUUGUCGAGCUGCAUGGAGAUGGAAACGCAGAGAGCCCAGCAGUUAAGCUACAGAUGGCCGAGAUGGCCGCAGCCAUUGACAAGGACGGCGCCGAUAAGCGGUGGUGGGACUACCGAGACCUUUUUAAGACGCGUUCUGCCCGCCGGCGCAUGAUUUGUGUAGCAGGUAUGUCCUGGUUUGGACAGUACUCUGGCAAUGCACUUGUCAGCUACUACUUCCCUGUGAUUGUCGAGCAGACAGGUAUCCGAGACGCGCCGACGCAGCUACUCCUCAACGCCCUGAACCCAGUGGUGUCGUGGUUUGCUGCGAUUCUAGGCGCUUUGCUCCUCGACCGAGUUGGCCGCCGCCCAUUUCUGCUCUUUGGUGUAGGUGGCAUGUGCAUCUGUAUGGCCAUUAUUACAGGCUGCACCAAGCUGUCUGUCGACUACGCCAAUCCUGCCGCAGGCCACGCAGGCAUUUUCUUUAUUUAUCUGUUUAGUGUCAUAUUCUCCAUUGGCCUCGUGCCAUUACUACCUUUUUACAUUGCAGAGACGCUUCCUACCGAGACACGCGCCAAGGGUGUCGCUUUCGGUAACUUAGUAUCGUCGGCAGCGUCCAUUCUUGGUCUCUACACGUCAUCGAUUGCCAUUGAAGCAAUUGGCUACAAGUAUUACAUUGUCUUUAUUAUCUGGGACGCCAUUGAGUUCCUCAUUAUUUACUUCUUCUUCGUUGAGACCAAGAACCGCACACUGGAAGAGAUGAAUGCCAUCUUUGAGGCGCCGGACCCAGUCAAGAAGUCACUGGAAGAGACGUCGCAGUCUGAAAAGAUUCGUCAUACCAUUGAGGCGUGAGCCAGCUGUAUUUAUAUAUAUAUCGCAGAUACAAGUCCCUUCCUAGCCACUGUAUUUACAUUCCUUGUUUUAUAUACAUGUUGUACACUCAAUCAAUCAAAACUUGUUCGUCAAAGUCCAAAUAUUACCUCCUCCACCCUGCUGUGAUGUGACCAUUCCGUGGCAUACCCAUACUGGUUGCCUACUGCCCAAUCAUCUCGUCGGUCCAUGUAAAGAUUCUCUCAAAGUUACCAACGCCCGUUCCAGACAUGCUGAACAGCUCAUCGACGCCAACACCCAAUCCAGCGACUGCUUCGCCGCCCUUGAACACUUCCGGCACAGGCGGACUAGCAAACGAAACAAUUUGUGGCUCCUCAAGGAGAGCCACACUGCGAACGUUGAUGGGCGAUCUGGAUCGUCUAGCAGCGUCAAUUCGCUCAGCAAACUGGCCUGCCAGAUUAUCCAUUGCACCAAAACCGUGGACUUGCCCGGCACCUGUCCAGCGCGCGGAACCCUCUCGAAGUGCUUGCAGAAGAAUCUCAAAGUUUUGGUCUAGCGGUGUGCCAAAGUGAUUCGAGUCUGCCAACAGGACUCUUGCCGCUGUAAACAGACAAAACGACAAUGCUGGAGGAAGCACGACAAUUGUGUUGGCGACAAACUUGGCGGCAAUCGUGGCAAUCUCGGUGGCAGCGGCAUUGCAGGUCUUUGCCGCGUUCUGUGAGGGCAGGCGGUGUCUAAACGUGGAAUCUGGGUAGGCAAUAAUUUGAUGCAGCAUAAUGACACUCGUAUUAUGCGUAAUAUGCGCAAGCGUCAAGUUCUCAUCCAUCUUGCCUGUGGCAUCGAUACCCGCAACCUGCCAGCGGGCUGGGAGGAACGUCUUCCAGCGGACAAGCAUGGCGUCGAGCGACUGGAAGAGCUCAAACCACCUGCGUAGGGAAUCGUUGUUGGAAAUAUCGACAGUCUCGCGCAGCAAGAAGGUCGCCACGCGGUUCAAGCACUCGGAUGCUUCGACGAGGUACGCGAGUCCACCAAUGGCAUCAAUAUCGUCUGCCGGGUCAAUCGUCAAAUUAUCAAUGUCGAAGUAUCUCGCCUUCUUAUCGACACGGUCUCGCCAGAAGCAGCCUUCAACCGGCAAUCUGCGCUUAAUAUCGGUGCUCGUGAGCGACGUGUUCCAGCCAGUCGAUACGGAACAAAAGCGAUCCUGCAAGAAGAUGCACCAAAAAAUGCGCCUGAGCGAUUCUCUUUCGGUGGGUGUCUUUGCGGACGGCAAGAAUCCAAUACGAUUGAGCAGUUUGUCCUGAGCAGCAUCCUCCUCUUCGACUGCCAGUCCGAGCUGCUCAACAAUUCGCGUGGCCGACGCUACAAGUGACCAACUUCUCGGUCCACGACCUGCGCCAACCGUAUUAAAGGCAAGAAUGAUACUCGCCUGUAGCGUUUCCACAGAAAAUCGAUCCAUGGACGCCAGCACAACGGCAUCAUGACAACGUGAGUGGUACAGGUCCUGCGUCUGUCUAUCUGUAUUGUAGAAUCGAAUGGUCGCCGAAGUAAUCGCCUGGAGAACAACAUCUGCGGGCUGCCCGUAUCCGUCCUUGGCGCGCAUCAUAGCUUCAAAAGUCGGCUCAUGCAGAAUCGGAAUCCACGGAUGAAUCCUAGUAAAGUAUAUAUUGACCAGGUCGCGCAUCAUAGACGGCGGAGGCAGGACUUUUUGUCGGGCAGCCAGACUCGAUGUAGACGAUCCCAAGACACUUGCCGGCGCGGGAUUUGGGGGCACCGAGGAUAUUGAGGCGGGCGAGUCUGCCACGGAGCUCUGCGUUCGCUGUCGCUUGGCCUGGACGGGCAGCGAUUGCUGUGGCUGCGGUUUAAGGAGGGCCUGCCGGACGCUAGUGAGGCGAUCUUCGAGAUUGGUCGAUUCCUGGACGGGCGGCAAGCCCUCGGCGGACAAUGUGUUGGAGAGCAGUAGGGACUGGCCGAGCACAAGAGCUUCGAGCGUGUCCAUGCGCUUGACGAGGGCAUCAAUGUAUCCCGGCUUGGCGCCGCGGCGCUGGCCGUCCUCGUAAACGCAGACACUCCCAGAGGCUAUGCAGGACCGGCACGGAUCGUCGCGGGAGCACUUUUGUUUCUUGCGGCGGCAGAGGGUGCAUGCGCCGGCGUGGGAGCCGGUUUCUUCGGGUGCCGAGGUGGCGCUGGACGGCGCGCCGGAGUAGUCGUUGGCGGCCAUGUCAGGGCAUUUGAUGCGUCUAUUUGCAGGAGGAGGGUGACGGAAAUAAUAAAAGAAGGCGGCAGCUG